AUUUAAUUUAACCUUAUCCCACGUUAACCUAAAAUGUUGAAGGAAAAAUAAAAAUAUGUUGAAACGAGGGUUUUGUCUUUUCCGUGCUAAUUUAUUCAGAAAUGUCACAUCUAAAGAAAAUCUUAAAAUGAAAUCUUGGCAGAUUCAUUCGUACGGAGACUUAAGUGAAAUGCAGCUUAAUUCAAGUCGUUUACCAGUCAUAAAAUCUCCAAAAGAAGUUCUAGUAGAAGUUAAGGCUGCUUCUGUUAAUCCAAUCGAUGUAUUAAUGCUAGGAGGAUAUGGAAGAACUUUAUUUCAAAUGCUACGAAAUUUUGAGUUAGAAUUUCCAUUAACGUUGGGAAGAGACUUUUCAGGCACUGUUAUUGCUAAAGGGCAUGAGGUUGGAAAUGAAAUCAGCAUAGGAGACGAAGUUUAUGGUUUUAUACCUAUUCAUAAACAGGGAUGUUUUGCUGAAACAGUGAUAGCUGAAAAAUUCCAUUUGUUACCAAAACCUAAACAACUGAGCCAUGUCGAGAGUGCAUCUUUAUUAUAUGCCACAAUGACAGCUUGGAGUGCUUUGUUUAUUUUUGGAAAUGUAUUUAAACAGAUGAAGGGAUUAAGGAUUUUAGUUAUGGGAGCAUCAGGAGGUGUAGGAUGCUCAGCUGUUCAGUUACUUAAAUCGCAAGGCUGCCAGGUUUUUGCCACUUGUUCAUCAGAUGCUGUACCGCUGGUUCAGAGCUUGGGUGCUAACCAGGUGUUUGAUUAUAAAGAUCCAGAUUUUACAAAACAAGUAGAACAAGAAGGCAGAUACCACAUUAUAUUAGAUGCAGCUAAAAUUGGGUAUCAAAACAUACCGAAAAGUUGGCAGUACGAAACAUACAUCACACUAAAUUCACCUUUAUUGUUAAAUACUGACAAACAUGGAUUUAUUUGUGGAUCUGCUUCCAGUGUUAUCGACCUGUUACAGGCUAACUUAUUGCAUAAAACUGGAGGUAGUGUAAAGUGGGCAUUUUUUGUACCAGACAGAAAGGGACUUAGAUUUAUUAAUGAAUUAAUAAAUGCAGGCAAGAUAAAACCAGUUGUACACAAAACCUUCAAAUUUGAAAAUUUAUCUGAUGGAAUUAAAGCCGUGUCUGAGGGGCAUUUGAGAGGAAAAGUUGUAAUUGAUUUUAACUAGUACUGAAAAUCAAUUCUAAUGUAUAUUUUAUUGGUUAAAUAUAAAACAUAUUUUUUUUCAAAAAAAAGUUGC